UUUAUAAUUAGCCGCUUUCAUUUCGCGAACUUCACGAGCAAACUGAGUGGAUGGCUGGGACCGCACACUGGACAGCAGUUUCAGUGAAGGAACGAGAAACAAGGGCAUAUCGGAAAGGAACCUCUAAACACACUGCUGGCCUGUCUCGAGAGCGAAAUUGGGAAUGUUUUCCUUGUCAACAACAGUCCAACCACAGGUCACUGUCCCCCUGAGUCACCUGAUCAAUGCCCUCCAAUACCUGAAGACCGCAGUGGGCAGCAGCAGUGCCGCUGCUAAACCUCAGCAUAGAGAGCAUGCCUCGGAACAGGACUUGCAGAGCACAGAGCCCACGUGGAGCCUGAGGGACCUGGGCCUGUCUGACCUGGGCAUGGGGCAGCUGGACGAGCUAGUAAGCGCUAUGUUACCACGUCUGAGUCAACAGGGGGCGCUGUCCUCAUCCAGCCCCAGCCAACAGGCAUGGAGGAUCUCUCACCUCUCCUCACAUUCCUUCUUCUACAACAAGCAUGGGUUCUCUGGUGGUAAAAUGGGCACCUCUUACCCUGUUUUCUGCAAACAGAUCCCUUCCCCUCUUCAGGCCGUUUGUACAGAGCUCCGCUAUUGGCCAGUGUGGAUCCAGAACAGAGGCUUUAAAACUCUAGGGAAACACAAGCGACUGCAGGCAGGCUUUGAGCGUCCCAUGGAAUCAGAUGGCUUUACACCCUCGUUUAUGAAGGGCCUCCUGACGCGUGAUAAGGGGAUGGAGGUGGAAACCUUGGACAAGCUUAUGAAGAACAAGAAUUUUCCCGAUGGGCAGCAAGAUUCUUUCAAGACCGGGUUUGCUGAGGGCUUCCUGAAAUCCCAAGCUCUGACACAGCGCACACAAGACUCUCUGAGGAGGACGAGGCUGGUCCUGCUAGUCCUGCUGCUCCUGGGACUCUACGGCCUCUCCAAGACCCCCUUCCUAUCGGUACGAUUCCGAACCACAUCAGGCCUGGACUCAGCGGUGGACCCUGUCCACAUGAAGAACGUGACGUUUGAGCACGUCAAAGGGGUGGAGGAGGCCAAGAAUGAGUUGCAGGAGGUGGUGGAGUUCCUCCGGAGCCCAGAGAAGUUCACCGUCCUCGGAGGGAAACUGCCGAGAGGGAUCUUGCUGGUUGGCCCUCCUGGUACUGGGAAGACUCUGUUGGCCAGAGCCGUGGCUGGGGAAGCCAACGUCCCAUUUUAUUAUGCCUCUGGCUCUGAGUUUGAUGAGAUGUUUGUGGGGGUUGGAGCCAGUCGCAUCAGGAACCUCUUCAAGGAAGCCAAAGCAAACGCGCCGUGCGUAAUCUUUAUUGACGAGUUGGACAGCGUCGGAGGGAAGAGGAUCGAGUCUCCCAUGCACCCCUACUCCAGACAGACCAUCAACCAGCUACUGGCUGAAAUGGACGGGUUCAAACCAAACGAAGGGGUCAUUAUCAUUGGAGCGACAAACUUCCCUGAGGCUUUGGAUAACGCUCUGAUUCGACCGGGACGUUUCGACAUGCAGGUCACCGUCCCCAAGCCAGAUGUGAAGGGGCGCACAGAGAUCCUCAACUGGUACCUUAGGAAGAUUAAAGUAGACCCUGAUGUGGAGGCUGGGAUCAUCGCCAGGGGAACAGUGGGCUUCUCCGGGGCCGACCUGGAGAACCUGGUCAACCAAGCGGCUCUGAAGGCGGCGGUGGACGGCAAAGACAUGGUGACCCUCAAAGAGCUGGAGUUCGCCAAGGACAAGAUCCUCAUGGGCCCAGAGAGGAGGAGUGUGGAGAUAGACAAAAAGAACAAGGAGAUCACGGCGUACCACGAGUCUGGCCACGCUAUCGUGGCGUAUUACACCAAGGAUGCCAUGCCCAUCAACAAGGCCACCAUCAUGCCCAGAGGACCUACGCUGGGUCAUGUGUCCAUGCUCCCAGCUGAUGACCGCUGGAGCGAGACGCGUGCUCAGCUGCUGGCCCAGAUAGACGUCAGCAUGGGAGGCCGUGUGGCAGAGGAGAUCAUAUUUGGCAACGAGUUCAUCACCACUGGUGCAUCAAGUGACUUUGAUGCUGCCACCAGAAUUGCAAAAAUGAUGGUGACCAGAUUUGGUAUGUGUGAGAGGCUGGGUGUCAUGACCUACACUGACCAAACCAAGCAGAGCCCAGAGACACAGGCUGCCAUCGAACACGAAGUCAGGAAACUUUUGAAGGAUUCGUACGAGCGGGCCAGGGCUCUCCUCAAGUCUCACGCCAAAGAACACCAGAACCUAGCCAAUGCCCUGCUGCAAUACGAGACGCUGGAUGCCAGAGAGAUCAAGAUGGUCCUGGAGGGCAAGGGCUUGGAGACAAGAUGAGACUUCCAAGGGUGGAGGUGUCACUCUGGUUAAUUUGGGAGAUCGGGUGAGGGGUGGGAAGACAAUACAUCGCUGUCCACAGUGAUUUCACAGUCUACGCAAACAGAGCUACGGAGCUGUACAUGUGUAUGUACAGUGCCUUCAGGAAGUAUUCACAGCCUGAAUUUAAAACAGAUUAAAUUAAGUUUUUGUGUCACUGGCCUACACACAAUGCCCCAUAAUAUAAAAGUGGAAUUAUGUUUUUAGAAAUGUUUACAAAUUUUAUAAAAAAUGAAAAGCUGAAAUGUCUUGACUCAGUAAGUGAUCAACUCCUUUGUUAUGGCAAGCUUAAAUAAGUUCAGGAGUAAAAAUGUGCUUAACAAGUUGCAUAGACUCACUCUGUGCAAUAAUAGUGUUUUAAUGUGAUUUUUUUGGAAGGACUACCUCAUCUCUGUACCCCACACACAUACAAUUAAUUGUCUGUACGGUCCCUCAGUCAUGCAGUACAUUUUAUACACAGAUUCAACCACAAAGACCAGGGAGGUUUUCCAAUGCCUCGCAAAGAAGGGCACAUAUUGGGAGAUGGGUAAAACAUUUAAAAAAGCAGACAUUGAAUAUCCCUUUGAGCAUGGUGAAGUUAUUAAUUACACUUUGGAUCAAUAUACCAAGUCACUACAAAGAUAUAGGCUUCCUGCCCAACUCAGUCACAUUUCAGCUGGACAAUAACCUCAAACACAAGGCCAAAUAUUCGCUGGAGUUGCUUACCAAGACGACAUUGAAUGUUCCUGAGUGGCCUAGUUACAGUUUUAACUUAAAUCUGCUUGAAAAGCUAUAGCUAGAAAAUGGCUGUCUAGCAAUGAUUAAUAACCAACUUGAAAGAACUUGAAUAAUUUAAAAAAUAAUAAUGUGCAAAUAUUGUACAAUCCAGGUGUGCAAAGCUGUUUGAGACUUACCCAGAAAGACUGGGUAAUCACUGCCAAAGGUGAUUCUAACAUGUAUUGAUGUGAAUACUUAUACAAAUUAGAUUAUUAUUAUUUUUGUAAAACAUUUUUUUACAUGUUUUCACUUUGUCAUUAUGGGGUUAUUGUUUGAAGAUGGGUAAGGAUUUAAAAAAAAAUAUUCAAUCCAUUUUGAAUUCAGACUGUAACACAACAAAAUGUGGAAUAAGUGAAAUGGUGUGAUGAAUACUUCCUGAAGUUACUGUGUAUAUGUAAAUGUGUUUAAAUGUUUUAUGCUCAGUAAAAGGCCAAGUCCAUUGAUUCAAUGUCUUGCUCUAGACCUCCAGAAUCACAAUGAAACCAUCUAUCCUCCAUAAAAAGACAUUUGUUUCUACAUGAGACUUUCAAUCAUGUCUCUGUAAUAAGUCAAAUGGAAUCUGAUUCUCCAUAAGUAGUCUACCAAUAUUCCCAGGUUUGUCUGAGCCGUGUGUGUAACAGUUGCUGUUUCAAAGGUGGCCAUUUGGGAAUGUACACGUACAUGGAUUAGGGACUGUUUGGACUUAACCCAAAAUUCUAAUGUCUCUUAGUCUGAAUGUAUUUAUGUGAUAAAAUAUGUAAAUGCUGUGUGUGUGUGUGUGUGUGUGUGUGUGUAUAUAGAUGGAAGGAAAUGCUGCUGUGCUUCGAAAAAAAUGCUUUGUUACUUCAAACCCAACUUUGGUGUAUUAAGCAGUGACGGGCCAUUAAAUCCUUGUAGUUUUUGGUUUCAAUUCGGCUAACAUUCUUUCAUUCAUUUAAUUACGAAAUACCUCAAGUUAUCUGGUUUCUAAACAAUUGUCAAAGUAACAAUGAAACCUAGAAGACCCUACAACCACCUCAUCCUGGUUCACCCCACUUCUGCUGUGUAUUCCCAUCUGAACACCAGGUGUCUCUACCGUUACCUCAGUAGAUCUGUGAAUCUCUUCUUUACAUGUCCUCACGUUGUAUGUUUUUAAGCACAGAACCUCGUGGUGUAAGCAAGGACCGUCAUAGUCAUUUGCUGAUGUGUAAGCCUUUAAGGGAAACGGUCACAUGCAUUUGUAGACAAUACUCAAUCGCUUCAACAAUCUAGUAUCUCCAUCUUUGGUUAGCAUGAACGCUUUAGCCAAGAACGUUGAAAUCCUUUGAAACAUCUUCUGAUGUCGAGUUGGAAAUGUUAAGAUUGCGAUACAAUAGAGGUUUAAAGACCAUACCUUUUUAGCAUUUAUUAUGAAUAAACUUUUCUUUAGAGGCAAAUAUUACUAUCAUGAUACACUGUGCAAUUGGGUAUACAGUAUAUAACCAGCGUAACUUAUUGGUAUGCUUUGUACAUUUUAGUGUUUUACUUGCCUAAGUGACAUAUUUCGAGCUCCUGUUUUUGCCCCUUUUUCCCACCUUUUAGUUGUGUAUAUAUGAAUGUGGUUUAACGGGAACACUGUAUAUCGAUAGAAGGCUUUUGGGCUGCGUAUGCAUUGACUGGCUCAACAAUUGGCUGACACGUGUUUUAUUCUCUCAACGAUAUGACGACAGACGUUAGAGGAAUUGAAUGUGCAGCUGAAGUAAAUAAAUUAAACCCUG